GGCUAUAAGAAUCAGGCGGCAGUAACAGCACAGCCGAGGGGAAGGCAAACUAAAUGGAUGUAAGGAUGCACCGGUGCAUCACACAGCGGGGAUAAUUACACCGCUUUAAAGAAAGCUGAAGACCUUUUAUUCAAGGAUGUGAUGUUGCCUGGUAGGAAGAGAGACGUUUGACCGCAUCAAAGAUUUUUGAUUUGCUUUCUCAGUGACGUUGGGUCAGAAUGGAGGAAGCUGGCGACAGCAUUGCUGUGGUCGGCAUCGGGUGCAAUUUUCCAGGGGGAGAAGGGCUUGAUAAUUUCUGGAAAGUUCUGCUGGAAGGAAGAAAUUGUUCUGUGCCAAUUCCCAAAGAGAGAUUUGACUUGGCCGGCUGGUACGACCCCGACGACAACAAAGCGGGUAAAUCCCGCACGGCCAAGGCUGCUCUCAUCGACGGGUUCAAUGAAUUUGACCACAAGUUCUUUGGCAUCAGUGACAGCGAAGUGGAACAAAUGGACCCUCAACAGAAGCAGCUGCUUCAGUGCGUCUACAGGGCGCUGGAGGACGCUGGGAUCCCGAUGGAGAAGGCCAGUGGCACCAGGACAGGAGUGUUUUUCGGGCUGAUGAACAGAGAUUACGAGACGAACGCGGCGCACGUCCACCCCAGCGUGAUCAACCACUGGACGGGCACGGGUCUCGCCAUGAGCAUCGCCGCUAACAGAGUCUCCUACGCCUUCGACUUCACCGGGCCGUCGCUGUCCAUCGACUGCGCCUGCUCGUCGUCCCUCGUGGCGCUCCACCUCGCCUGCCAGUCCAUCAAACAAGAUGAUUGUGACAUGGCGGUUUGUGGUGGAGUCAACUGCAUCAUAGAGCCCAGAGUGUUCGUAGCUCUGAGCAAAGCCAAGAUGAUCUCACCUGAGGGCACCAGCAGACCUUUCUCCAGCAGAGCAGAUGGUUACGGGAGAGGAGAGGGCUGCGGGGUCGUUCUCCUCAAGCCUCUGAAAAAGGCCAUACGAGAUCAUGACAAUAUCUGGGGUCUCAUCAGCAAAACAGCGGUCAACCAAGACGGACACUCGGCCACUCCGAUCACCAAACCCUCCACGACUCAACAGGAGGAACUCCUGCGUCGGAUCUACUCCGAGUCGGACGUGGCAAACGUCCAGUACAUAGAGGCGCAUGGCACCGGCACGCCAGUCGGAGAUCCGAUAGAGGCGGGGAGCAUUUCAAACGCCGUCGCUAAAGCCAGACCUCCCGGUUCGGAGACUCUGCGGAUCGGCUCUGUGAAGGGCAACGUCGGACACACGGAAUCGGCCGCCGGGGUGGCCGGACUCAUCAAGGUCCUGCUGAUGAUGAAGCACGAGACCAUCGUGCCCUCGGUUUUCUACUCCGGGGAUUCCGCCAGUGUCGACGCCAACGCCCUGAACAUUAAAGUCCCAGUGGAGGCUGAGAAGUGGGAAGCUUCCGGUGGGAGAAUUGCAGGAGUCAACAACUUUGGCUUUGGGGGUACAAACGCACACGCCAUUGUCAAACAGUACAAACGGCCACAGGUUGAGCAAAAGAAUGGGAGGAAACGGGAGAACUAUUUCCUCAUGUCGGCAAAUUCACCAAAAUCUCUUACUCUGAUGAUGGAAGACACCGUCAAGCGGCUAGAAAAGGAUGGCCGAGUUGAUCUAGAUUCUCUGCUGUACACCUCGGCUUGUAGGAGAAGCCACCUAAAGCAUAAAUACAGAAAGGCUUUUGUUGUUUCAUCUGUGGUCGACCUCAAAGAGAAGUUAGCUGCCCAUGCGCGGGACAAUGUUCGCCCGUCCUACUCGGACCCGAGGUUAGUGUUCGUCUUCUGCGGGAACGGCGUCACCUACCGCGGCAUGUGCAAACAGCUCCUAAAACACGAGCCCGUUUUCAGAGGUAAGGUCAAAGAGAUCGCAAAGCUUUUCCGACGGCUGAGUACGCUGGACAUCCUGGACACUCUCGAGAGUGAGCUGGAGGGCGGUGACUUUGACGGUCCACAUGUCGUACAACCGCUCCUCUUUGCUGCCCAGGUGGGCGUCAGCAGCCUGCUCAGACACUGGGGGGUCGAGCCCGACGCCAUGCUCGGACACUCUGUCGGCGAGGUGGCAGCCGCUCACUGUUCCGGCCUCCUGUCUCUGGACGACGCGGUAAAAGUCAUCUAUUUCCGCAGCAGCCUACAGGGAAAGGUCACCGGGGGGAAGAUGCUCGUGAUCAGCAACAUGGCUGUAUCAGAGGUAACCGCCCUUCUCCCUGCUUACUCUGGAAGAAUUUGCCCCGCUGCGUUCAACAGCUCACAGUCCUGCACCCUCGCAGGGGACGCGGACGCCAUUGAGAACAUUUACAAGAAGCUGAGCACCUCGGCCAACGGUCAAAAUCUGUUCCUCCGCGUACUGGACGUGCCGUGCGCUUACCACAGCCACAUGAUGGACCCCAUUCUGCCAGAGAUUGAGGGGACAAUUGGCUCCCUGCAGGCCAAUGAUCUCGACACGGAGUUGUUUUCAACAGUGACGGGCAAGGAAGCCCAGCGGGGAGACUUCUGCACGGGGGGAUACUGGGCCAGAAACCUCCGUGAGCCAGUAGCUUUUGAGCAAGCAGUGAGGUCGGCAACCAAAGAAAAGAAGAGCACAGUGUUUGUGGAGAUAGGGCCGCGCAGGGCGCUGCAGAGAAACAUCAUGGAGACUCUGGGGAACGACACAGCCGUCCUCGCCUCGGUGCAGCCACAGAAAGAUCACGAAACCAUAAAGGCUGUUGUGCCGAAGCUGUUUGAACUGGGUGUGCAUGUGAAUUGGAAUACCUUCUACAAAGGGCACGAGACAGUGACUCUGCCAGUUCCGAGGUACCAGUUUGAUUGCUCCGACAGAGAUGUCAUCAUUGGAGCGGCGCAAAAAAACACAUCGAGCGAUCAUCCUGUGCUCUGUCAGACAGGAGGGGAAAGCAACGUCUUCAGCUGCGACCUGCUGUCUGACUCGUCUUUCUAUCUGAGAGAGCACAGGCACAACGGCGUGCCCAUCGUCCCCGGCGCCUUCUACGCCGAGUUGGGUUUAGCUGCAUUCAUGGCCAGCGCUAAACCAAAAGUACCGCUCAGCUCACUGCAGGUCAGUGUCGGCUUCCACAGUCCAUUUGUUUUAAGCCAGAGUUCCCCUGAAAUGAGGGUGCAACUGGAACGAACAGAGAGGGAAACCAGGUUCAAGGUCCUCUCGCCGUCUGCGCUGUACGCAUCGGGAACAGUGGUUUCGAAGAAAGAGAGGCUGAUUGAGGAGCAGUGCAUUUCACUGAGCUCCAUCUAUAAAAGAUGUACAUCUGUAGUGAGCUGGAAGGACUUCUACGGGUACCUCUCUCAAGGAGGCUUUCAGUAUGGAGAUGUCUUCAAGAACAAGGGGGAUGUGCACUAUGGGGAAGAUCUCAAGGAGGCUUUUGCAAAGGUCACAGUUCCAAACGAGCUGCAGCCUCAGCUCCAUGACUACUGCGUUCACCCGGUUGUGCUGGAUUUUCUCAUGCAGCUUCUCCCAGUUACAGUAGAGCACAUUUUUGCCGGCAGACCGGGAUUUCCUGCCAAAAUUGGAAGUUUGACAGUGUUUGAGCCCUUGCAGGAAGAAAUGAUUGUCUAUCUGAGAGCAAUGGACGUUGGUGUGGACCACUUUGAGGUUUGUGGCUGCUUCGCAGACAACCAAGGAAGAGUGCUGGUUGAGGCUAAGCAUGUGAUAGUCAAGUACCUUGGCAGUCGCUCGCAUGUGGUUGAGGAGUAUUUUUACCAUAAUACCUUUAGUGUUAUCCCUGAAGGGCUGACAUCAGCUCCUCCUCCUAAGGCCUUGGUCUUCUGUGACCGUAUAGGGAUCUCUAGUGCCCUGCAGCCAUUUUUGGACUCGAGGUCCAGCUUUGUUUCCUUCACAAAUGAAAAAGAUAUCUUGAGCCACGGGCUUCCUUCUCUUUUGGCGAAUCUCAAUAUAACGGCUCUUGAGAAAAACUUUGACGAGGUCUUGUUUCUGUGGGGGAAAGAAGACCUCACGUCACUGCCGGCUGAGGAUGUCCUGCAGAUCUGUGCGAGCUGCUGUGAGACAUUCCGCCAAAUCGUCCUUGAGCUGAAGCGAAUUUGCUUCCCGAACUCCGUCCGAGCAGUCACCUACUGCUCCUCUGACAUCACAGUAGACCACAUAAGUCCAGGCUUUGCGCUUGCUGGCAUGACGAGAUCGUUUGCUGCAGAGAUACCGGAUCUUUCGUUUCAGCUGAUUGAUAUACGUACCAUCUCUGCUAAGGACAUUGCUGCUUUGGUCCAGGUCCUAAGAUCACACCCUUGCAGCAAAUACCCAGAGUUGGUUGUAAAGGACGGGCUGAUUCUGAAACCUUCCAUUGUCCGCACUCCGCUUGAGAUUGCUGACGGCUCAGAAGGCCAUUUUAGCCCCAGCAUGCCGGAGCCCUGCAUCCUUCAGACAGCAGAAGCACAUGAAAUGACUCAACUGAGUGCCAUUCUCUCGGAGGAGGAGGCCCAGCCGAUCGCGGAAACAACAGUGGAAAUUCUGCCGAGUAAGAUAUGCGUCCACUCAUCUGAUUACUUCCCCGUCAGCGCUUCACAUCUGAAAUUCGGACAGACGCUGUACUGGAACAAGCACUCGUCGCAGAAACACAAGUUGCUGGCUCUCGAUUUUGGUGGUACCAUUACGGCAGUUGGGAAAGAUGUCAGGAAGUUUAAAGUAGGGGACCGUGUUGCUUCCUGUUACCCUGUGGUCGCAACCAGCAAGUUAAGAGUCCCACAGGACGUGUGCUACAGCACCAAGCGGCUCCCAUUCCUUCAAAAAACACCCUGUGUUUCCUUCUUUGUGUUGGCGUGGGAGAUCCUGCACAGAGCGUUGCCCAGAGCCAAACACAAUCUGGGAAUCAUGUCAUCUGAGCCAGAUUCGGUUCUGGUGAAAGUCUUGGCACUCACCUUUUCCAAGUCUGGCCGGAAUGUGAUUGUCGGCACACCGUGCGGCGGCUCGUUUGUGCAUGCAGGACAAACGGACGUGUUUGUCGUUCUGCCUCCAUUUGACGAGUCUAUAAUUUUGCAAAUGUGUGACUUCCCGGGUGUCGCGGACGUGGUCUUCAUCUGCGAGUCUCAGAUACAGUGUUUGCUUGCUGCGGAUGUGUUCCAGAGUGUGAAGGAAAGCGCUCAUGUGCAGAUAAUUCAGACAACAGUCAUUUUGAAAAAGGGAUCCCUGAUUGCACAGAGGCCACAUAUCUAUCGCUGGCUGAAAUCCUUGAACCUGAGCCGGAAAUUUGCUCUUGAGAACUUCACCUUUCAGAACGUGAACCGUGAGAGCAUCGAGAUCCUUAGUUCAGAGACGCCACAGUCCUACUUCAACUCGAAGAAGCUGGCCGUUGUGGCCCUGGAAGGAGACGCCGACCGCACAAUGUCGCGCAUUCCGUUUUUACCAACAAAAAAACAGCUUUUCCGAAGGAGAGCAGUGUACAUAGUGGCCGGGGGGCUUUCUGGUCUGGGCUUUGAGACCGUCAAGUUCAUCUCCCAAAGAGGGGGGGGGUACGUCGUCGUGCUCUCCAGGAGCAAGCCAACACCAGCCGUGCAUCUAGAGAUGCACAACGUGGAGACGCAGUGUGGAAACUGCAUCACCGCCAUGGAGUGCGACGUAUCCGUGUCCGAGAGCGUGCACGACGUCGUCGACGCCAUUGGCCGGAAAUUCCCCGGCUGUCCGAUCCGAGGGGUCUUUCACAGCGCGGUUGUCCUGCACGAUGGCCUGAUCGAGACGCUGGACAGAUCUCUAUACCAGAAAGUUCUCAAACCCAAAGUCAACGGGGCACUGAAUCUGCACCACGCGACGCUGCGUUGCCAGCUGGAUUACUUUGUGUGUUACUCCUCCAUCUCGGCCUUCCUGGGAAACGCGUCGCAGACAAAUUACGCGGCGGCCAACACAUUCCUCGACAUGUUCUGCCAGUACCGGCGCAAACUCGGGCUGCCGGGGCAGUCCAUCAACUGGGGGGCUCUGAACCUCGGCCUCCUCUUGAACAAGGAACAUUUCCAGCGCUUCCUGGAGGCGAAGGGCAUGAUGGUGCUGGACGUGGCCGAGAUUCACAAAAGCCUGGAGCAGUGCCUCGUGCUCAAUCGACCCCAACAGGCCGUCUGCAGGUUUCACUUCAGAAACAUCCGGUACAACAUCCUGUCUCAAAACGCGGCCUUGACCAUGCGUCUGUCCGCGUUGGUGGACGAGGCUUUCCAAAAGUCCAAGGAGCAAGACUCUCGGACUAAGGAGUCCGAAUCGGUCUCGCCCAGAGAUUACGUCGUCUCGCUGCUCUGCGAGACCAUCGGCGUCGAUAGAAGCGAGCUGAAAGAUGAGUCGCCCCUUUCAUCCUUAGGCAUCGACUCCAUGCAGGCCAUGACGCUGCAGAAUCGCAUCUUUCAGGAGAGGGGCGUCAACGUGCCUUUGGUGAAACUGUUGGAUCCCAACGCCACGCUAUCCACAGUGGUGUUGACACUGAGCCAGAAGGAUGACGGUGAAAGUGAUGAGCGGGAGCCUCUUGCUGCUCAGGGAGUCGGUGCUGCUUCCACCAGGUUGUAAAAUAAGGAAAUCAGACAGUCAGUACACACAAUACACAAAGUUAUUGGAUGCAAUAUUCAUCAUGUAUUUAGUCUUUUUUGUUGUCUUGUAUGCUACAUUUUUGGUUGUGGUUGUUGGUUUUGUUCAUUUUGGCAUUGUAGUUUGAAAUGUUUUUACAUUGUAAUACAUUGUAAAUACACCGUAACUUUUUUAAUGGUUAUUUUCCAUCCAUUUUACUGAUUUUCUCUUGUGAUAUACUUAUUACAUGAACAUAAAACUGUCAAAAAUACAGCUUAAUUAUUGUUGAUAGGUGACAAUUUGGAAAAUAAUCAUUUUUGUGGAUUUAUUUUAUUAACUUCCAUAAUCUUUAAAGCUUGUUUUUAAUCAUAAAUCAUUUGUCCAACGUCAAUCUGCCGGUUUUACUUUCACUCACUUCUGACAGGUCAAGGUCGGUUGUUAUCACUGCUAAAUCAUUGACUAUGAUCAUCGCCUUCAUGAUGGAACAAAACAUUUUAUAGUAUUCUCGUAUGUCUCAGAAAUGUUGAUAACCGAGUCUUUUGUUGGUUCAACCACUUGUUUAUGACCUGUUGCAGACAAGGACGUUGUCAAGGACUAAAUGCAAAUUAACAUUCUUUUAUUAUGUGUUCAUAGCAUAGUUUUAAAAUCAAAAUUACAAUCAAGAAAUAACUUCUCUAGAUCUAGAAAGUGUGAUUAUCACGAUUCCGAGGAAGAGAUAUUUGAUUUUGCAACGAAUAUUAGAACAGAAUUGACUAAAGUAAAAUAAAUAUUGAAUGUUAUUGUUAUUAUUUGUUGCCUGUGAAUCAAUAAAACAAGCUAUUAAGUUA